AAGGUUGCAGAUAGUGAUCUAUAUCUUAUAUAACUUUAACUAGCUUAAGAAGACUUUUGUUGAUUUGUCGAAAACACUGUAUUUCAAGGCCAUAUGACAUGUGUAAUUCUACGCUAUUUGCGAAAAAUAAAAUGUGGUAAGGGGUCAUUUUCUAUCAUGUCGUUCGGUUGGGAAUGAUUUUUCCAUGGGUUGCGGUUACGUCUUAUGUUUGCCCAUUUAUGGCAACGUUUGAUCUUUCGAUUGCCAUUGUAGCCGGUCGUUUUUCGGUGUAUAAAUAAGAUUUCUUGGAUAAUAUGCUCAACAAAGUAUUUGUUUAUUCUCAUUUAUCUGUAUAGUUGUUAAGUUGUGAGUUUUCUUAUUGAUUUGUUAUUUUGUGUCAGAAAUUGAACAACAUUGCUAGUUGAGGUAUCUAUUCUUUGUUGCUUUACUUUACAUUAUUUUGACAAAAAAAUGACUGAAAUUAAAUAUUACAUUUCUGGGUUUUGAAGAAUGAUGUGAAAUGAAAUGUGAGUAUUUUUUAGGUUUUAAAUUAAUGGAGAAAAUAAGAUAAUGGUAGGGUGACAUAGAAAAAGUGAUUUGUAUGUAAUUUGAGUUUGAACUGCACCAAAGAAAUGUUAAAAAAAACCAUCAAAUGUCAGAAGUGGGAUUUGAACCCACGCCCUCUCUCGAAGACCAGAACUUGAGUCUGGCGCCUUAGACCACUCGGCCAUCCUAACUAGAUAUUCUUUAUCUGUUGCAAGUUCAAAUAUAUUCAUUUUACUCGUUCAUGAAUCAUGAAUCAUGAAUCAAGAAAAACUCUCUUGAUUUAGAUCUUGUUCAAACUUCAAACACCUUACUCAUACAAAUUUACCGAUUAAGCUCAAUAAUGGCCACCCAAAAAGCUCAGAUGGAAUCCCUCCCCCAUAUAUAGGAAUAGACAAAAAUAAAAUCCAAUAUCAGCCUCAGUUUUUCGCUCAAACUAUUUCAAUGAACACCCCUGAAUUUCAGGCGGAAUCAAAUAAAUUGUUAUAUUUACUUACAAAACACAACCCACAAGAAUGCAGCAUUGAAAUCCGAAUAGCAGUAGGAUUUUUUUUUCUUUUUCUUUCCCUUUUCGAGUCAAUAAACGAAGCCCAAAUCAUUCAAGGAACAAAGGGGUUCCUGAUUGGGCAACAGAAAACCCCUAAAUUCGAUUCAAUCUUGUAGAUUAUAGUUCCCAGAUCCAUCUUCCAACCAUGGUUUCUGUAGCAAAGUUCAAAUCUUUCGAUUUUUUCAGAAAAACUCCAAGAGAUUUGACAGAAGCAUCAUUAUCAGGUGCUGGAAUUUCUGUUGUAGCAGCUAUCUCCAUGAUUUUUUUGUUUGGAAUGGAGAUACAUAAUUUUUUGACAAUUAGUACCUCAACUGCUAUUGUAGUUGACAAAAGUUCCAUUGAGGAAUCCUUACGCAUUGACUUUAACAUAAGUUUCCCAGUUUUAUCAUGUGAAUUUGCAUCCGUGGAUGUGAGCGAUGUUUUGGGAACAAACAGAUUAAAUAUAACAAAAACAAUUCGAAAAUAUUCAAUCAAUCAAAAUUAUCAUCCUUCAGGCUUUGAGUAUGAUGCGGGGCCCAUUUCUUAUGCUCUUAAGCAUGAUGAUAAGGUUGAAGAGGGAUAUGGCGAUGGAUCUAUCCCAUUAACUUCACGUAAUUUUGAUAAAGUCGCUCAUGAUCAUCCAAUUGUGGUUGUGAAUUUCUUCGCUCCUUGGUGCCAUUGGAGUAACCUUUUGAAACCCGCAUGGGAGAAAACAGCAAAAGUUAUGAGACAAAGAUAUCAUCCAGAAUUUGAUGGGCGUAUUAUUAUCGGAAGUGUUGAUUGCACGGCAGAAGCUGAUAUGUGUAAAAAGCAUCAUAUACAAGGGUAUCCAUCUAUUCGUAUAUAUCGUAAAGGCAGUGAUAUUAGAGAUGGAUCUCAUGGAGUACACAUUCAUGAAACAUAUUAUGGAGAUAGAGAUACAGAUACUUUAAUUCUUAAAUUCGAUAACAUGGCUUCAGCUAUUAAAUUAAAUUCCGUAAAGCGUUCUUCAGCCGCAACUACAGAAUAUAUAAAAGUUAGACCCGCGCCACCUCAAGAAGGUUGUAGGAUUGAAGGUUUCGUACGUGUCAAAAAGGUUCCGGGAAAUCUUAUAAUCUCAGCAAGUUCAGCAGCCCAUUCAUUUGAUGCGUCACUAAUGAACAUGUCACAUAUGAUUUCAAAUUUUUCUUUUGGUUCGACAAUUACUCCUAUAAUGAUGAGUGAUGUGAAAAGAUUAGCACCUUAUCUUGAUGAAGUCCACAAUAGGUUGAAUGGCCACGCGUACGUCACCAAGCUAGAAGAUCGUGCAAAUGUUACAAUAGAGCAUUAUCUUCAAGUGGUGAAAACGGAGGUGAUGGGAUUAUCACAUCAAUUAAUUGAGAAUUACGAGUACACUGCACAUACAAGUUUGAUACACGCUCCUUCAAUCCCUGCAGCAAAGUUUCAUCUCCAGUUUUCACCAAUGCAGGUUUUGAUAACCGAAAACUCCAAGUCAUUCUCUCAUUUCAUCACCAACUUGUGUGCCAUUAUCGGUGGUGUCUUCACGGUUGCUGGAAUAUUGGAUUCGAUUCUGUACAACACAUGUAAAUUGGCGAAAAAGGUCGAACUAGGGAAGAAUUUUUAGCUCGAAGCUAGCCUGGAAUAUGCGAGUUGGUUGAUAAAAAGAAAUACGUUUUUUGAAGGCAUUUUUAACAUAGAAUUCCAUUUUUGGAUAUGGAGCUAAUUUAGCUUGUAUACAAGGUUUAAGGGCGUAAGACAAUAGCCCCUAGAUGGUUACACAUACGGAUAGAAUGAUAGUUUAUAUGUUUUUAUAACUAGAGCCAAUAUUUCUGUUUUGUUUAUAUUGUAUGAAAAUUCAUUAUAAAGUUAAAAGAAAUGUUAGUGUAUAGCCCAUCA